GCGAGAGGCUGCGACCAGCUGUAAAAAAGGGAGAGGCGCGGACGGACGUUUCUCUCAGCGCACAUCUGCCUCCCGCUGACGGAGCAGCCCUCGGUGUCCUCACAACGAUCCCGGGACACUUCCCCCCGUGGACGGAACCCGCCACAUUAGACGAGUUUUUCAGAUGAGAGAAGAGAUGCUCUGCGACUGCUUGCGGGAGCAGAUGCAGUACAUGAUGAGGUCACUGCAAGACCUGAAACAUCUACGUAAAGCCUGCCCCGCUGCCCGACGCCCCCUCAGCACCCAACUCCCAGCUUUAGUGCACCGCGCUGCUUUGGCACGUGCCUGUCAGCAGCGAGCACUGCAGCGGGAGCAUCGCGCACGCCUGCGGACGUCCGACGCCAGCACGGCCAGCACGUACGACUCGGCGUGCUGCCUGGCGAGUCACCUGGAGGAGGACGAGGACAACUCCAGCUGCCGGCUGGAGUCCCCCAGCAGUCAGAAAAGUUUAGAGUUUGAUUCGGGUUACUCUGAGGCGUCGUGGCAGGAUGAAGGGGUGGUUCUCAGGAGGACCCGCAAUGUGCGGGUGUCAUCUUCGGCCUGCCUGCGCACAAACAGAGCACCGAGCGGGCGCAUCCGACCCAAAUCCACGUCCGACGCUUGCCUGGAGAGGUGGACGUCGUUUGAGGUCAGCGACCCGGAGGACUGGACCAACUCUUUGUUGACCAGAGGACGCAACCGCCAGCCUCUGGUGCUGGGUGACAACAGCUUUGCAGACCUCAUACAGAACUGGAUGGACUUGCCAGAUUGUCCCGAGCCCACCGAGGUGAAACAAAGUUCAAGAAGUAGACAGGGAGGGGGUUUCUUUGUCAACGUCAGAAGGAAACUGGCUGGGUUUUCCAAGAGCGUGGAGGACAGGGUGAAGAUGAGAUCUACAGACCCGGAUCACAUUAGCAGAACUGCAAAUGCCCCAAAACGUCUGUCCUGUCCAGUUGUGGCAUCCACGCCCAAAGUCCCCUUUUUCCACCAGUCUUACUCUGGCAUCAAUGAGAUCGACACAGAUCUUUACCACUUUGCUGCUCUCCUGAAGUCACGCAGCCGACAGCCCAUAAUCUACAAAGACAUCGUCGGCCAAGUGUGACAAAAAGCCACGUAGAGACCGGACAAUCCUCAGAGUCACUUUAAUUUUUAUGACUGUUUUUUCACCUAUUUUAUGCUGUGACCAAUAAAGAUGUUUCUCAUAACUUAAA